CCAUGUAUUUAACUGUCAGCAAUCUGGGUUUUCUUUCAAGAUUCAAAUCAACCAAAAUCCCAUUUCCUGUACCAAUCUAAAGAUACAUCGACCCAGUUUCAAAUCAAUGGCUUCCAUUAACAUGGCUUCGUCUUCCUCACAACUACUACGCUCCAAGAUGAAUCCAAACUUCAGCUCAUUUAAUGCUCUUUACUCUCUAAAUCCUUUUUCAUGCAACACCCAUGUAACAGACGCGUUUCUUGGUAAAAAAUUGUGCUCCAUAAGUAAAUCCGAUGGUAGCUUCAAAGCUUCUCCUGUAGAUUUGUGGAAAACUGCUGUUAGCUUGUCAUCUGGAAUUGAAUUACAAUCUGAUUCAAUAGCAUUGGGGACAUUAGAAGCAGAAACCAUUCCUGGCAUGAAUUCUUUCCCACAUGAUGCAGAUGGAUACGAUCUUGAUUUUCCCACUCCUGGCUUCUCAUCCAUUCAAGAAGCCAUUGAAGAUAUUCGCCAAGGAAAGAUGGUGGUGGUUGUAGAUGAUGAAGAUAGGGAAAACGAAGGGGAUCUAAUAAUGGCAGCAUCAAGUGUGACACCCGAGGCUAUGGCUUUCUUUGUUAAGCAUGGAACUGGGAUUGUUUGUGUAAGCAUGAAAGCCGAAGAUCUUGAAAGAUUGCAACUUCCUUUAAUGGUAACUCAUAAUGAAGAAAAGCUUUGCACAGCAUUCACAGUCUCAGUGGAUGCAAAACAUGGUACAACCACAGGGGUAUCGGCUCAUGAUAGGGCAACAACAAUAAAAGCUCUAGCUUCAAAAGAGUCAAAACCAGAAGAUUUCAAUAGGCCAGGUCAUAUCUUUCCAUUAAAAUACAGAGAAGGAGGUGUUUUGAAAAGAGCUGGUCACACCGAAGCUUCGGUUGACUUAGCCAUGCUAGCGGGGUUUGACCCUGUGGCGGUUUUAUGUGAGGUGGUGGAUGAUGAUGGUUCAAUGGCUAGAUUACCAAAGCUUAGGAAAUUUGUUGAAAAAGAGAACCUGAAGAUCAUUUCUAUUGCUGAUCUUAUCAGGUAUAGGAGGAAAACCGAUAAAUUAGUGGAACAAGCUUCUGCUGCACGGAUCCCUACUACAUGGGGACCGUUUGUUGCUUACUGUUAUAGGUCGGUCUUGGAUGGGAUGGAACAUAUCGCCAUGGUCAAGGGUGAAAUCGGGGAUGGGGACGAUAUACUUGUGAGGGUACACUCAGAAUGCUUAACGGGAGAUAUAUUCGGGUCUGCUAGAUGUGAUUGUGGGAAUCAACUCGCACUUUCAAUGCAACAAAUUGAAGAUGCUGGGAGGGGUGUAUUGGUAUACCUUAGAGGUCAUGAGGGUCGAGGCAUUGGUUUAGGCCACAAGCUUCGUGCUUAUAACCUCCAAGAUGAUGGGCGUGACACCGUGGAAGCCAACGAGGAGCUCGGUUUGCCCGUUGAUUCAAGGGAAUAUGGCAUUGGUGCACAGAUUUUAAGAGAUCUUGGUGUCAGAAAGAUGAAGCUGAUGACGAAUAAUCCGGCUAAAUACAUUGGGCUCAAAGGCUACGGUUUGGAAGUUGCAGGAAGAGUUCCCAUUAUGACUUUGAUCACAGAACACAACAAGAGAUAUCUUGAGACCAAGCGAACCAAGAUGGGUCAUGUUUACAGCUCGGGAAAUAAUGGAGUUUACUUUGUUAAUGAAAAUGAUUAAUCAAACUCUGUGAACCUCAGUAAUUAACAUGUUUUGAGGUGUAAACUAUGAUUUGUAUUCACAUUCUUCACUUACACAGA